CUUGUGUUGGAAUACAGCAGCAGCGGAGCAGCAGCAGCAGCAGCACCUGGACACCCAUCAUCUCUCUCUCUCUCUCUCUCUCUCCUCCUCUCCGAGACGAGGACAGGGUCAUCCUCCUGCUCUACCCUUCAUUCCUACGAUGAGUGUAAGCUAGCCGGACUGAACAGAAGACCCUUGAAUCCCACCUGCAGUCAUGAAUGGGGGAUUUAAUAUUUGGGCUAUAACUCCAGAGGAGAGAGGAAAACAUGAUAAACAGUUUGACUCUCUUACUCCUACACUGGGAUACGUGUCAGGAGAUCAAGCACGCAAGUUUUUUUUGCAGUCUGGGCUUCCUUCAUCAGUACUUGCUGAGAUAUGGGCGUUAGCUGACAUGGGCCGGGACGGAAAGAUGGACAGAUUGGAGUUCUCCAUCGCCAUGAAGCUGAUUAAGCUGCAGCUGCAGGGUCAGCCGCUGCCCUCCUCUCUGCCCAGUAUCAUGAAGCAGACGCCUGUCCCUGUAAUGCCAUCAGCUGCACGCUUCGGUAUGGGCUCGAUGCCUAACCUGUCUGUCAUGCCAGUGAUGCCCAUGCUCACGCCCAUGCCUCUGGGCUCCUCUGUGACCUCCAUGACCUCCGUGACCUCUAUGAACUCUUUGACCUCUAUGCCAGCUGUGCCCCCUAUGAUGCCUGGUGCACUGCCCAUGCCACUGAUUCCCGACUCCCUCAGUAUGCCAGCCUUACCCAACGGCACUGCUACUCUCCUCGCGCCAACACCAGCUGUCCCUCUCUCUACAGGCCUGAGUAAAUCUCACUCACUACUGGAUCUGGCGUCCAGCAGCUCUAAUUCCUCCUCCACCACCUCCCUGGCAAGCAACUCUCCCAAAACUGGUGCAUCUGAUUGGGCGGUGCCUCAGUCGUCCCGCCUAAAAUACCGCCAGCAGUUUAACAGCCUGGACAAACUGAUGAGCGGAUACCUAUCAGGUCCCCAGGUCAGAAAUGCCCUAACUGCCUCAAACCUCACACAGACGCAGCUGGCCACCAUAUGGACUUUAGCGGACAUCGAUCGUGAUGGUCAGUUGCGUGCAGAAGAAUUUAUUCUGGCUAUGCACCUGGUGGACAUGGCUAAAACUGGACACCCUUUACCUCUUUCACUACCUGCUGACCUAGUGCCGCCAUCUUUCAGAACAGUGAAGUCAUGUGACCUGCUGAACGGCUCCAUGCCUCUAAUCAGCACUGAGCUCAUCGAACCAGAACUUUCACAGAAGAGCAAGAGCAACGUGUCAUUUGAGGACAAGCUAAAGGAGAAUUUCCAGAAGGGCAGCAUGGAGCUGGAGAAGCGGCGGGUGGCGCUGCAGGAGGAGCAGCGGCGGGAGGAGGAGAGGAGGAGGGAGGAGGAGAGGAGAGAGGAGGAGAGGAGACAGCAGAGGGAGAGAGAGGAGCAGGAGCGGAGGGAGAGGGAGGCGCGUGAGCUGGCGCUGCGCAGGCAGAGAGAGGAGGAGCGACGGAUGGAGAUGCAGAGGGAGAUGGAGAGACAGAAGGAGGAGGAGAGGCUGAAGGAAUUGGAGCGGCAGGAGGCAGCAGAGCGACAGAGGCGGCUGGAGUGGGAGAGAAAGAAGAGGACAGAGCUCCAGGAUCAGAGAGAGAGAGAGCAGAGAGACAUUGAGAGACUCACAGCCAGGAAGAGGAGCCUGGAGCUGGAGCUGGAGGCUGUGGGUAAUAAGCACAAGCAGAUUUCCGACUGCCUCCGUGAGGCUCAAAGCAAGAGGCGGGUUCAGAGAGCAGAGCUGGAGCUCAUCAAUCAGAAGCGGGACGGUCGCAUUGCCGACAUCAACUCUCUGCAGCUACAGUUUGAGGAUGUUCAGAGGCAGCUGGGCAGUCUGGCCCCGGAGAAACUGAAACUAAGUGACAGACUGAGAGAACUCACCCAGACAAACACUACCUGUGCAGGAGUCAGUGAUGUGAAACAGAGCGUGUGUUCAAAGGAUCUGAGCUGCAGGAAGCUGAAGGAGCAGCUGGACGCUCUGGAGAGAGAGACUACAGCCAAGCUGUGCGAGAUGGAGCGCUACACCCGUGACAUGAAGUCAGUGGAAAUGGAUGACUGUGUGCUAAAGGGGCUUCUUUCUUUGUUGGGCUGUCUAACCAAUCUCUUCUUUCUAAUAAAGGAACUGAGGGAGAGGCAGUCGCAGCAGCAGACCGUGCUGGAGCAGCUGAGCAGAGUGAAAGCGGAGAAGGUGAAGGAGCUUCAGAGACGAAGACAAGAGCAGGAAGAGAAGAGGAGGAGAGAGGAAGAAGAAGCCAGACAGGCUAAGCUGGAGCAGGAGCGCUUGCAGAAGGAGGAAGCUGAGCGACAGAGGAAACUUGCCCAGGAGAGAGAAAAAGAGGAGAAAAGAAAAGCAGAAGAAAGAGAAAGGGAGGAGAGAAAAAGAGCAGAAGAGAGAGAAAAAGAAGAAAGGAGGAAAGCAGAGGAGAGAGAGAAAUAUGGCACAAAAGACGAAGGCGGAAUAAAGGCUGACAGCAGUGUGAAUACAGAUCUCCAGUCACAGCUCUCUGCGCUGUUCAGGAACACAGCCAAUGGAACCGGUGUGCAGCCUGUUUUAAAUGCUCAGGGGAAGCUGAACACCUACAGAGCUCUGUACCCCUUUACUGCCCGUAAUGCUGACGAACUCACGCUGGUGGCAGAUUGUCUUAUAGAGGUGGAUGAGUCUACGGUCAGGGAGCCUGGGUGGCUGUAUGGACACUAUGAAGGAAAGAGUGGCUGGUUUCCAGAGAGCUAUGCAGAGAAGAACAAUAAAGAUCAGGCUGAUCCUACAGCAGCUCACUCACACACCACAGUGCCCCCUGCUGACUACUCCAGGGUUGGCACAGUGGAAAGAACAUCUGCCAGAUUAAGGAUUCCCAGGGUGGAUAUAGAGGGUCCAACACCCACACACACUCCUGCAGCCACAUACACACAGCAUGUACAGGCUGUAGCUCUUUGCGAUUGGACAGCUAACACAGAGAGUCACCUGGGGUUCUCUAAAGAUGACAUCAUCACAGUUCUUGAACAGCAGGAGAACUGGUGGUAUGGAGAACUCAGAGAUAACCGAGGCUGGUUCCCCAAAACCCACGUCUCCAUGAUGACCACCAACAACACACACACUGAACCUUUAUAUUCCACGGUGGAUGAACUAGACCUCUCAGACUCAGGUCAACUUGAAGAGUAUGUGGCUCUUUACACGUAUGAGAGUCCGGAGUCAGGUGACCUGACGUUCCGGGCUGAGGACGUUGUCCUGGUAACAGAGAAGGAAGGGGAGUGGUGGAGAGGCAGCAUCGGUGACAAGUCAGGACUCUUCCCUUCCAACUACGUUAAACCCAAAGACUCUGACACUGCCAAAUCCAGUAAAAAGCCAGAGAUUGCCCAGGUAAUAGCAGCCUGCAUCGCCACAACACCAGAGCAAUUGAGCCUGACGACUGGUCAGCUGAUUCUCAUUCUGCAUAAAAACUCCUGCGGCUGGUGGCUGGGAGAACUACAGGCCCGUGGAAAGAAGCGUCAAAAGGGAUGGUUCAACUCUUCAAACACCAAACUGCUGGAGCCCAACAGUGGCAAAACUACCCCUGCUCCCCAGCCAUUGUGUCAGGUCAUCGCCAUGUACGACUACAAAGCAGCCAGCGAGGAUGAGAUGAGCUUCUUAAAGGGUCAGCUGAUUAAUGUCUUCAACAAGGAUGACUCUGAUUGGUGGAAAGGAGAGCUCAACGGGGUCACUGGCCUUUUCCCAACCAAUUACAUCAAAAUGACCACAGAGUCCGACCCCAGUCAACAAUGGUGUGCGGACCUCCUGAGCUUGGAUUCUAUGAGUUCAGAGGAGAGGAAGAGGCAGGGCUACAUCCACGAACUCAUUCACACUGAACACACCUAUCUACAGGACCUGGAGCUGGUGCUGGAGGUCUUCUACAAGCCAAUGACUGAGUCAGGUCGGUUAACUGAGGCAGAGAUGGGCGUGAUCUUUGUCAACUGGAGGGAGCUGAUUAUGUGCAACACCAAACUGCUCAAAGCUUUGCGUGUGCGUAAGAAGACAGCAGGUGAGAGGAUGCCAGUGCAGAUGAUUGGUGAUAUUCUUUCCUCGGAGCUUGCGCACAUGCAGGCCUACAUCCGCUUCUGCAGCUGUCAACUCAACGCCGCUGCGCUGCUGCAGCAGAAAACUGACGCAUCUCCAGACUUCAAACUCUUCCUAAAGAAAAUUGCCACUAAUUACCGUUGUAAAGGAAUGCCGCUGUCCAGCUUCCUGCUGAAGCCCAUGCAGAGGAUCACGCGCUACCCUCUGCUCAUCAGAAACAUUCUGGAGAACACUCCAGCAGGACAUGCAGAUCAGGCUAACCUGCGGGAGGCGCUGGACAGAGCAGAGGAGCUGUGCUCGCAGGUGAACGAGGGCGUGAGAGAGAAGGAAAACUCUGACAGGCUGGAGUGGAUUCAGAACCACGUGCAGUGUGAAGGAGUAAUUGAGCACCUGGUCUUUAACUCUCUCACCAACUGCCUGGGUCCCCGCAAACUGCUCCACAGCGGCCGAGUGUGGAAGACCAAGAGCAGCAAGGAGCUGUGGGCCUUCCUCUUCAGCGACUUCCUCCUCCUCACCUACACGGCCAAGCAGUUCUCCUCCAGCACCGACAAACUCUUCAGCCCCAAAUCCAACACCAUGUACAAAAUGUACAAAACGCCUGUGUUUCUGAAUGAAGUGCUGGUUAAAAUGCCAUCUGACCCAUCCAGUGAUGACCCCAUUUUUCACAUCUCUCACAUCGAUCGUGUAUACACACUCAAAGCCGACAGCAUCAGUGAGAGGACGACAUGGGUCCAGAGGAUCAAAGCAGCCUCAGAACACUUCAUAGAGACAGAGAAGCUGAAGAGAGAGAAGGCGUACCAAGCUCGCUCUCAGAAGACCAGCGGUAUUGGAAGAUUGUUGGUAACAGUUCAGGAGGCUGUGGAGCUGAAGCCCUGCAAGCCUAAUGGUAAGAGUAACCCGUACUGUGAGCUGUCUAUGGGAGCUCAGUGCUACACGUCUCGGCCUCAGAACGACACCGUUAACCCCAAGUGGAACUUCAACUGCCAGUUCUUCAUUAAAGAUCUGUACCAGGACGUCCUGUGCAUCACCAUCUUUGAGAGGGACCAGUUCUCUCCUGAUGACUUUCUGGGUCGUACAGAGGUUCCCGUUGCGACCAUAAAGAAGGAUCAGGAGGGGAAAGGGCCGCUGACUCGGAGGCUGCUGCUCCACGAGGUUCCCACUGGUGAGGUCAGAGUCCGCCUCGACCUGCAGCUUUAUGAGCAGGGGCCUCUCCUCUGACCUCUGACCUUCACCCAUUCCUCCUCAGACCUAAAACUCCCUCAGAUCAGACAAUUUCAGCCAGUGAUCUACUGAAAUCCAAUGAGUUAUUGCUGCUGAGCUGCAGAUUUCCAUUAGCUACACUAGAUGGCGCCAAAGAUAACGUGCCAAAGAUAAAUUGUUAAUGAGCAUUAUUGGGUGGAAAACUCCUCUCAGAACAGCUGCAGCAUUGUUAUGUUGCUUGUUAAGUUUUAAUAACUGUAUCAUGUUCUUCUACCUUUAUCAGUUAUGAUAUGAAAAUCAGCAAGUGUAUCCUUGCUUUCUAUUUGCUAAAUGUCAAUUUGAAUGAACGUUUAAACAGCAUUGAAACUUUAAUUUGCUGAGACAUGUUUAAACAAUUGCUGAAUGAAACAUUGUAGAAAAUCUAAUCUCUUUUUUCUUUGUUUUUAACUUAAUUCAUGAUGUCCAGCAAAUUCGUGGUAAGAAUAUUUUUGCCUGAAACCUAUAAGUGGUUUCUCGAGUUCUAUUUUAUUUGAUAAAUGAACAGAGUAAAAUGUAUUGUUGUAUUACUUUUUAUAUUGAUUGUUUUAUUGUUUUUAACUGCCAAACAUUGAACCUAUUUUUAAAUGGCAUUUCCUUUUUAUUCUAAAACAAGACAGGAUGUUGUUUGUCUGAUAAUGGAAUUUUCUGUGUGGUGCAUGAGCUCUAUAAGAAAAGUGAAGUGUGGAGGGUGUAUGCAUUUUAUCUGCUGGCAGAGUGGAAACAAGUCAACUUUCAGAUGUUAAGCCACUAUGAGGCAAGAGUCACUGCUUCUGAGUUUAUGAACCCUAAUCCUGUUCUUAAUUUAGAAUCUCAAUCUCAUUCUGUUCUCACUCUCCGCAGUUUACCAGUUACUCUUUAUAAAAGGUUAUUUUUAUUUCUUACGGCUAUAUUUAUGUACAACACAAUAGCUGAGCUUGGAGAAAAAACACACUGACUGAACAAUUCAAAAACUCUCAAAUAAAAGCAUUUGAGAACAUUAAAA